AUGCAUACAUGUCUGAUUUAUGACGUGUCCCUUCUCCUUCCACGAAAGCCCAAUGAAUGAGAAUGAGAAAGACAACUGUUGACUCAGCCGCCAACAAAUAAACCAACAACACCAACGAGAAGGUGGCUGUGGUGCUGGUGCUGGUAGCCAAGCAGUAGCUAAGGAAGGAAGUGGCAUUGAAAGCAUACAAUACUCAUCAGCGAUCAAGAAGCAACAGCUGUCGAUGCAUUGGACUCGACUCGACUCCGCCGUUUCUUCUUGUCUCUGCGUCAGCAUUUCCGUCCACUCAGUCUUACGCAUGUCCCUGACCUGAUCCCCAGCCAGAGCUGCUUGUACACGUGUACACGUAUGUAGCGUACUAGUGGCCUCAUCACUGUCAUUCAUUCAUUACUGCAUCAGCAUAGCAAGCGCUACUAGUACUAGUAUCGGGUACAGUAGCCAUCAUUGUUGUGCUGAAUGAAUCAGAGACAACGCAUUGCAGCAUCCACUCACUCAGGCUGAAGGUCAAGAACACAACCCAAUCGCUCCAUUUGUUUGUUUGCCUUGCCUUGCCUUGCCUUCAUUGAUCAAGGAAAGAAAGACAAGAGAAGGUUCAAGAAUUUGGCUAUUGAGUUUUUCUUAGCUUUUUCCAAUUCAUCUAUCUGAGCUGAGCUGAUCUGAUCUGAUCUGAGCAGAGCUUACUGAGGCCUUUGAGUUCGACAAGUUGGAAGCUGUUUGGAGUUCAAGCGACUUCAGAAUCCUCAAGAUCUACCACUUGCUAGCUAGCUACUGAAACAGUCAAGGAUUCGUUCUUGAGGCACUUUCAAGCUACGUGGAGUUUGAAGAUCUAGCUUGUCAUCUAGCUAGCUACUAUACGGUACGGUAUAGUGUUUGCUAGCCAUCUACCUACCUACCUACCUACCUACCUACCUAAAAGCUACCUAUACAAGAGAAGCAUUGGUUAACCAUUCGAAACGCAUCAGUAAAGCAACACACCAAUCCUGAUCCCAAAAAAGUUUCAGCUUGCUUAGCUACCUGCUUAGCUACCAUCAAGGCAUACACUAGCUAGCUAGCUACCAUGUGCCGCCCUGACUCAUCGGACGCAGAAGACAGUAAAACCAAGAUUGAGAUGAAUGGAACUUCAGAUUCCAACUCCAGCAGCAAUGCUAGUAGCUCUAGCAAUCCACCCACGGCGACGGCGACGGCACCAAAAUCCAUUCUCAAGGAUGAACACGGUUAUGCCGCCACCAAUUUCGACGACAAUGACAAUUCGGCAGCACAGGGCAUGGCAACUACCUGGUGCUGUGGGCUGCUACACAUGAAACCACCCAAAGGCGGCAGAGAACUGGGAGUAUGGGAAAAGUCGUUGGAAGAUCAAUCCAACUGGUUCACGUGGAUUACACUCUCCUAUCUCAAUCCCAUGCUCAAGCUAGGAAGUGCCAAGACGUUGGAGACUGAUGAUAUUGGAGUUCCUUCACAGCAAGAUUUGUCACGCAAUGCCUACGAACGAGUCAAGGUGUGCUGGGAGGAACAGAUCAAAAAAACACACGUGCAAAACAAGUACAAACAAGCGGCAUUUCAACGACAAUUGUCAAAAUGCACCACUGAAGCACAAAAAGAAGCACUCAUCAAAAAACAAAAACCUCCGCUCGAACCGUCCUUGGGAUUUGCACUCUUCAAGGGAUUCGGGAUUCGAAGAUUGGGCUUUGGAAUGUUCAUUUACUUUGUCAGUUCUCUCAUGACGUUUGUACCCGUCAUUAUUCUGGAAGAUCUCGUACGGUACUUUCAAGACGCGGGUGCGGGAGAACAUCAAACCUACGUCGACCCGUGGAUCGAAGUUUUUGGAUUGGCAUUGGUACCCUUUCUCGUGUCCAUUUUGCAAACUCGGUAUCAAGUGCUGGUGGCACAUGCCGGUGUGUUUGUGCGAGCUGCGGUUUCUCUCUUGCUAUAUCACAAGUCGCUGACUGUGAGUGCGGCUGGACGCGCCAAAACGUCCACCGGACAGGUUGUCAACAUCAUGUCCAACGAUAGUCAACAACUACAGCGUCUAUUGCUCUUUGCGGGAAUGGGAGUCGUGGCGCCGGUGCAAAUUGUACUGGCAUUGGCACUCAUCUAUCGACAGGUUGGAAAUGCCAUGUGGGCUGGAGUGGCAUUCAUGUUGGCACUCGCGCCUCUCAAUGGGAUGGUCUUUGGAACCAUUGGCAAACUACGAAGGAAGGUGCUCAAGUACUCGGACUCUCGAGUCAAAAUUAUGAAUGAAAUUUUGACAGGAAUUCGAAUCAUCAAAUUCUAUGCCUGGGAAAAGCCAUUCGGAGCUGAAGUCGAUAGAUUGCGAGGAAAGGAAUUGCAAGCUUUGACUCGCUAUGCAUACUUUAUCGCUUGUAUCUUCUCCCUCAUUCUCUCCAGUGUGCCAUUCAUUCAACCCAUCCUCGUUUUCUCCGUCUACACGGCCAUCCAGGACGAACCACUCGAUGCUGGAACUGCGUUUUCCACCAUUGCACUGUUCAACUUGAUGCGCAUCCCUUUUGCAUUCUUGCCCAUGGUUUUCUUGCAAUGGAUUCAAUCCAAAAUUGCGCUCCGUCGAGUUGGACGUUACCUGGAAUUGCCGGAACUGAAUACGUACGUUCAGCACGUCCCGCCGCCCAAUCCAACUGCAUUGCAAAACGCGGUCGCCAGCGUCACUAUCCGUGAUGGAACCUUUGCCUGGGUCGACCCAUCUGGGAAAGAAGUGCGCGGGAUUGAAGACGAAAAGAAGCCAUCCAAGCCACGCCGCCAAAGCAGUCGUCGCAAUAGCAAAGGCAGCAAGGAGGCGGAAGAAGGAGACGGCAAAUCAAGUCUCAAUUUCGCCAACAAGGAACUGCAGGCGUCGAUUCGCUCUCUUCAAACUACCAAUUCGGAAGAUGCUAGUAACGCUGUUCCAGUUAUGGCCCUCACAGACAUCAACACGACCAUUGAAGCGGGAAGUCUGGUGGCGGUCGUGGGAAGUGUUGGAAGCGGCAAGAGUUCCUUACUCUCGGCCAUCUUGGGAGAAAUGGAACCCGUUGGCGGAUCCAACGUUUACGUGCCCCGAGAGAAUGGAGUUGUUUCGGAAGGCUUUGUCUCGUACAGUACACAGACUCCUUGGAUUGUCAAUGACACCCUUCGUGGAAACAUCAUGUUUGGUCGUCCGUUCGACGAAGACCGAUACAAUCAAGUCGUUGAAGCGGCUGCCUUGUCGGACGAUCUCGCUGUGCUUCCCGCCGGUGACCAGACGGAGAUUGGAGAGCAUGGAAUCAACCUCAGUGGUGGGCAAAAGGCUCGUGUCAGCUUGGCUCGAGCGCUCUACGCUACAUCUACCAAGCUAAUGCUUCUGGACGACCCUCUGAGUGCGGUCGAUUCCCACGUGGGCGAGCAUUUGUUUGCAAAUGCGAUUUGUGGCGACGUUUCCAAGGGUACUACGCGAAUUCUUGUGACGCACGCCUCUCAUGUCUUGCCACGAUGCGAUUAUGUGAUUGUCAUGGACAAGGGCACUAUUAAGCAUCAGGGAAAGUAUGCCGAUUUGGUGGCCCGAGGAGUAGACUUUGCGGGUGCCGUUGACGUGUCCAAACACGACAAGAAGGACGAAGAAGAAAACGACACAGCGAAAAGUGAUGACAAGAAGGAUGGCGCGGAUGCCAAAGAGAAAAAAGUCGAAAACGUGAGCGCUGAGAAGAAGGAGGCCAUGCGAAAGAGUGGAAAGAAACUCACUUCAGACGAAGACAAAGCAGAAGGAAACGUUGCAGGGUCAGCUUACGUGAAGUAUGCCCGGGCAGGUGGCUUUCUGGCUGCCUUCUCGGUGUUGUGCUGUGCUGUCUUCGGGCGUGGGUCCGAUGUCGCUGGAGCUUUCUGGCUUUCCAAAUGGGCCGAAGAAGGUUUUCAAUCUACUGAAAAUGGUGGAAUGGGUAUGAGUGACGAAGACACUAGAUUCUACCUUGGGAUCUACUCUACGUUUGCCCUCUGUGGUUUGAUGGGAAUCACACUCCAAGGAAUUUGCUUUGCCAACCUGCGAUUGAGAGCAUCACGCAAACUGCAUCAAGACCUGACUGACAGCAUCCUCAAAGCUCCGGUUGCUUUCUUCGACGUCACACCGAUUGGGCGUGUGUUGAAUCGCUUUGCGGCUGAUAUGGACAAGGUGGAUUUGGAACUUGUUCAGUCCCUUCAGCAGGGAUUGAGCAUGCUCUUUAGUAUCCUCGGAGCCGUUGGCGCGAUCAUUGCAGCAACGAAAGGUGUUUUCCUCCUUCCGAUGAUUCCCCUUGGCUACAUUUACUACCUCAUUCAAGGGUGGUUCCGAAAGACAAGCACUGAGUUGCAGCGUAUUACAAGCAUCAACAAUUCUCCCAUCUUCGCUGAUUUUUCCCAAACCUUGAGCGGCACUUCCUCCAUUCGCGCAUACGGUGCAGCAGAGCGAUUUGCUUCUCAUUGCGAGGGUUCUUUUGACACAAUGGAUGCAUCCUACAUUUUGGUUCAAGUUGUGAACCAAUGGCUUGCACUGAGGCUUGACGUGCUUGGAGGAUUGGUUGGAUUCUUUAUUGGGGCGUUCGCCAUGGCCACACAGAACACCAGUUUUGCCAUUCCAGCUGGAUGGGUGGGACUGGCUCUGAACUACAGCAUUGAACUGACAGGUUACCUCAAGUUUGGCGUGAGAAUGAUUGCCCAAACAGAGGCUGACAUGAGUUCCGUCGAACGAAUCCUGUUCUACUCGAACAACAUUGAAGCGGAGGCACCCAGCGAGGUUCCUGAAAAGGAUCCACCAGCUGGAACUUGGCCAACCGCGGGUGCCAUCGAGUUCCGAAAUGCUGCGAUGCGCUACCGAGAUGGCCCCUUGGUGCUAAAGGGUGUAUCUCUGGAUAUCCAACCUGGGGAGAAAAUUGGUGUCUGUGGUAGAACAGGCAGUGGAAAGAGUAGUCUGAUGAUCAGUCUUUUCCGCAUCUCUGAGCUUGAGAGCGACGGUGGACAGAUCUUGAUUGAUGGCGUUAACACGUCGGAAAUUGGGACUACAUGCUUACGCAUGAACCUGUCAAUCAUCCCACAGGAUCCUGUGAUGUUCUCCAAUACAAUUCGGUACAAUCUGGAUCCCUUCGCUACCGCCUCGGAAGAAGAGCUUUGGACUGUCCUUCAAAAGGUGCAGAUGGUGGAAGCUAUCGCUUCUUUGCCCAACGGCUUGGAUCAUCAAGUCGCUGAAGGGGGUGAGAACUUUUCUCUUGGACAGCGACAACUAAUGUGUAUUGCAAGGUCACUUCUUCGAAAGCCGAAAAUCCUUGUGAUGGACGAAGCUACAGCUUCCAUUGACAACACAACCGACGCUCUGAUCCAGAGGAUGAUCCGUGAAAACUUUUCCGGUGCAACCGUCUUGACGAUCGCUCACAGGCUGAACACCAUCAUGGACAGUGAUCGUGUGUUGGUGUUGGACGACGGCGAGAUUGCUGAGUUUGAUGAACCGUCCAAACUUCUCCAGAAAGAGGGAGGACAUUUCCGCGCCAUGGUGGAAAAGAGCCAACAGGCUCAUGGCGAGAGCUAAGCCCCCCCCCCCCAGACGAGGGAGAUUGCUGGUUGGAAACGACCAUUUCCAUGCACAUACAAACAACGAAACAUCUUGAACAUAAAACCUAAUCUGGUACAUAAAGGCAUGCACAUAUUUUAGGUUCUAUAGAUCUCGGUUGCUCUCCU